GCGGGCGCGGGGCUGAGGGCGGCGGGCGCGGCCUCUCCCGCCCGGCGGCUCCGGGGGCGAUGUUGCGGUGGGGGCUCCGGGUCGUGAGCUGCGCCUUCUCCUCCCCGGGGAGCGCGGCGUGCGCCGGGCCGUGGCGGCGGCAGCGCAGCGUUCUUACAAUGGCUGAGGAUUUGAUAGCAGCGGUUGCCAGCCAGACAAAGAGACUCAACAGCAGCAGCGAGGUGGUUCAAAGGCUGGAAGAAAACGGGCAUCAGAACAAAAAGUUGAAGAGUGAUGCGGAUGAAGAAGAUGCAGAGGAUCAGAAUAAGAAGUUACCCAAAAGGAAGAUCGUGCUGUUGAUGGCAUAUUCAGGGAAAGGCUACCAUGGCAUGCAAAGAAACGUGGGAUCUUCACAGUUCAAGACCAUUGAAGAUGACCUGGUCUCUGCCCUUGUUCAGUCAGGGUGCAUCCCAGAGAACCACGGGCAGGACAUGAAGAAGAUGUCUUUCCAGCGCUGUGCUCGAACAGAUAAGGGUGUGUCUGCAGCUGGACAGAUUGUGUCACUGAAGGUCAGGCUAAUAGAUGACAUCUUAGAAAAGAUCAAUAAUCAUCUUCCUUCUCACAUCAGAAUUCUGGGCCUGAAGAGAGUCACUGGGGGAUUCAACUCCAAGAACAAAUGUGAUGCCAGAACCUACUCCUACAUGCUGCCCACGUUUGCCUUUGCCCAUAAGGACCAUGAAGGGCAGGAGGAGCUUUAUCGGCUGGACAGAGACACCCUUGAAAGGGUCAAUCAGCUGCUGGCCUGCUACAAGGGGACACACAACUUCCACAACUUCACAUCCCAGAAGGGCCCCAGGGACCCCAGUGCCAAGAGGUACAUCAUGGAGAUGUACUGUGGAGAGCCCUUCGUCAGGGAAAACAUGGAAUUUGCAGUGAUCCAAGUCAAGGGUCAGAGUUUCAUGAUGCACCAGAUCAGGAAGAUGAUUGGGCUGGUGAUAGCAAUUGUGAAGGGUUAUGCUGCUGAGUCCAUCAUGGAGCGCAGCUGGGGAGAGGAGAAGGUUGAUGUCCCCAAAGCCCCAGGACUUGGGCUGGUUUUGGAGAAAGUACACUUUGAAAAAUACAACAGGCGUUUUGGGAAUGAUGGGCUGCAUGAGCCACUGGAGUGGACAGAGGAGGAGGAGAAAAUUGCUGUUUUCAAAGAGCAGUACAUCUAUCCUACCAUUAUCAACACGGAAAGGGAGGAGAAAUCCAUGGCAAACUGGCUAAAAACCCUCCCCAUUCAUGACUUCAACUCCUCUACUGUUGAGAUGCAAACUAACAACAAAACUGCAAAGAAGAGCAGCGACCUCGAAGGCAGCGACGGCUGUGGCGAUGAUUCCGACUGAGCCGGCAGGUGGCUGGACGUGGGACACUCACUGCUUGCAGUUCCCUUUGUCUACAAAAAAGUGGCCUUUCCAAAUCCAAGAAUCCAGUGAAACAGGAGUUGGUGUGCUUGCAGAAUGAGAACUGGGUGCCCAGGAGAAACUGGGUGGGGAAGACAGCGCAGCAGAAAAAACAGAAGUUUUUUAUACCACUGACUGAUUCACCUGACUGAUAUACUUGAAAACAGUGUAGUGGGAAAGCAGCCUUCUAAAAAAAAUCUUGAAAUGCAGGAUAUCUUAACUGCUAUUUGAAUAAUGUUUUUAUUAUGUUUACCUGGAAAAUAGUAUUUUAAAUAUGUAUAAUCUCUGCAUAAAGAUGGGGCAAAUCAUUUUAAUAUACUCUUUUUUACUAUGAA